UACGAGAUCUACACCAUUCUUCACACAGAGAGAGAGUCUCUCUUCAUAACUUAACAAAACUUUUGAGUUCAACUGUUUUUUUAAUUAUGCCAGAUUAUAAGUUUUUGUGGGUUUUUGCUGUUUACUUGUUUUGUUUCUUGGCAUUCAACAAUGGCGUCGUUGAAGCAUCGCACAAGGAGUAUUUACACUUACAAUCUGUUUCUCGUGUCAAUGUAAAGCAAGUGCAUAGAACUGCCUACCAUUUUCAACCCCAGAGAAACUGGAUCAACGGUCUGUAUUUUCUCUCCUUCUUGUCUAUGCAGCAUAAGGAUUUCCACAUGUCGACCAGUCAGUUGAAAAAUCUGUGGUCAAUUAGUGCAUGCAGAAUAUCUGCAAAACACUGGAAGGAUCUCAAUUUCAGCGAAGCUAUCAUUAAAUAUCAUAUAAACCUUUCGAUUGUGAUUGCACAUUUGUAUAGGAGUAGAGAUUUCUUACACUGGGUUAAGGCCAAGCAUCCUUUGCACUCUGUUGCUGGUACUGGGAAUUGGGAAUGCCCCGAUUUCUUCCCAGUCUCGGUACAAGGUACUAAUGGAUUAGACACUUCGGUCAUGGGGGAAAAUGUCAAGCAUGUAUUGAAGGUUAGCCUUGAUGUUACUAGAUAUGAAUAUUAUACCUUGGGUAUGUAUGACACAACAAAGGAUAGGUAUAUUCCCGAUAAAGACAUGGUUGAUGGCUGGAAGGGCUUGAGGUAUGAUUAUGGCAAUUUUUAUGCCUCAAAAUCAUUUUUUGAUCCUGCCAAGAACAGAAGGAUCUUGUGGGGAUGGGCAAAUGAGUCUGAUGCUGUUAUUGACGAUAUAAGAAAGGGCUGGGCUGGAAUUCAGGUUAUUCCAAGAACUAUUGUGCUCGAUCCGAAUGGCAAGCAAUUGCUACAAUGGCCCAUUGAAGAAAUACAAGCUCUAAGAGGGAAGAAGGUAGAAGUGAGAGAUAAGAAACUUGAGAAGGGAGAGCGAAUUGAAAUCAAAGGAAUAACAGCUGCACAGGCCGAUGUUGAAAUAAUCUUCACCUUCGAAAGCUUAGACAAGGCAGAGACAUUCGACCCCAGUUGGGAUCGAUAUGAUGGUCAAAAUCUAUGCAGUCAAAAGGGAUCGACAGUUCAAGGAGGAGUAGGACCAUUUGGGCUCUUAACAUUGGCUACAGAAAACCUAGAAGAAUACACUCCUGUCUUUUUCAGAAUUUUCAAGGAUCAAGAAAAGCAUCUAGUUCUCAUGUGCUCUGAUGCAUCAAGAUCCUCCUUAUAUAACGAGACAGGAACAUAUAGACCCUCAUUUGCAGGCUUUGUAGAUGUAGAUCUUUCUCACAAGAAGCUUUCCCUUAGAAGUCUGAUUGAUCAUUCGGUAGUGGAAAGUUUUGGUGCCAGAGGAAAGACCUGCAUUACAUCUCGUGUUUAUCCUACUCUCGCGAUCUAUGACAACACUCAUUUAUAUGCAUUCAACAAUGGCACAGAGACUAUCAAAAUUGAGACUUUGAAGGCUUGGAGCAUGAAUAAGCCUAAUUUGAUGAACCAUUAAGAGAUGAACUGCAAUGUUCAUUUCAGUUUUUCUUUUCCUUUUUUGUUUUCGUUUUCAUUUUCAUUUUCAACUGUGUGGAUUUAUUCUUCGGGGUGUAUUCGUUUAUAAUGUUCAUGUUUCGAAGAAUGAAAUUCUCAACGAAUAUUUUACAAUAAAAUUCUGAAUAUUAUCACUCAA